ACAUAACUGCGUAGGACAUCGCGUUCUCUCGGUUCUGAUCAGUGGUGUCGAAAUAGUUUUGGAAGGAAUUUUAGUGACCGCAACAAUCAAAACACCAAACACCUACGCUGACUCAUUGUAUACUGUUUUUAGAUGCGACAAUCUAAGAACACAUUAAAACAGAGGCAGAAAAAACUGUUGCUGUGUUAUUAAUAUACUUGCUCAGUAUUCUUUUCCACCUUCCUGCUCGAGGAAUAAACUUGUAAACGCGUUUACUGCGAUGUUCGACUCCGAAUGAUCAGUGACUUCAAACCAGUAGGAAAAUGGAGCAGUGUCUGCCUCCAACAGAUGUUAAACGGCUGAAGCCGAAACCGCUCAAACCGCCUCACCCUCCACCCAAACCACCUCACCCUCCGCCCAAACCACCCCAGGCUGUGCUCAAACCGACCUCUGAGGUCAAUGGGAAUUUGAUGCAGAUUGAGAGGACGGACAGAACCACUCAAAUUCUGUCGCCUCAGCAUAAGUCCAGGCAUGAGCAGCACCUGAAGAAGAGCAAUGAGACCCAAGAGCUGAACCUGCAGGAGAACAACAAUGACUCCAGAACAGAGAGGCUGUCACAGAAUGAGAUUGACAGAGAAGCAAGCCAAUCGGAGAGCACUACAAAUCCGAGAGAGGAGACUGACAACCGACAAGAAAAAGGAGUGUCUGGUGGAAUUUUCCAGAAACCUUCAAAAGACAGAACCCCCACCUUCACUAGCUACUUAACGGAUGUUUAUCCAGAGAAAAACAAGAACAAACUUGGCAUACAGGAGAAAGGAGGAAUGUUGAGCGGAAUGUUCAGAUCCAAAUCUCCAAAACCUUCUGAGCGUACCCUACCUGUACAGGAAGAUGAAUCUAUACGGAGUGAACUCUCCACCAGCAAUGAUAAUCUCUCUGACACCAACAUAAAGGAGAAUUUAGGGGGAAUGUUCAGCGGCAUGUUCAAAAAACCUCACAAACCUGCUGGAGGUGCUACACCUGCACAGGGUGAUCUUUCCACACAAGGCGAACUCUCAGGCAGCAACAACAGCAACCUCUCUGACAACAACAACACAAACGAAAAUCUCUCUACAAACGCCAAGCUAUCAGCCAGCAAUGACAGUCUCUCUGACAAUAACACGAAGGAAAAGGGAGGGAUGUUCACUAGAAUGUUCAAAAAGGCCUCUAAACAUGCUGAGCACACAGUACCUGCACAGGAAACUGGAUCUUUACAUGGUGAACUCUCAGCCAGUGAUGACAGCAUGUCUGACAGCAAUACAAAGGACAACCUUUCUACCGAUAACAAACUCUCAGGCAGCAAUGAGAAUCUUGCUGACAAUAACACAAAGGAAAAGGGAGGGGUGAUCACUAGAAUUUUCAAAAUGACCUCUAAACCUGCUGAGCACACACAACCUGUACAGGAAAAUGAAUUGGACAGUGAUGACAGUCUCUCCGAUAACAACACAAAGGAGAAAGGAGGAAUGUUCAGUGGAAUGUUCAGAUCCAAAGCUUCCAAACAUUCUAGGGAUCCUACACCUACACAGGACAGUCUUUCAACUCACAGUGAACUCUCAGGCAGCAACGAAUGUCUCCCUGAGAACAAUGCUAAAGAAAAAAAAGGAGGGAUGUUCACUGGAAUGUUAAAAGCCUUUAAACCUGCUGAGCUCACAGUACCUGCACAGGAAGAUGAAUCUGUUGAGAGUGAACUCUCAGUCAGCAAUGACAAUCUCUCAGAUAUCAACACAAAGGAGAAAGGAGGAAUGUUCAGUGGAAUGUUCAGAUCCAAAUCUCCCAAACGUUCUAAAGAUCUUACACCUGCACAGGAAGGCGAAUCGCAAGAUGAACUCUCCGCCAGCAAUGAGAGUCUCUCGGAUAUCAACACAAAGGAGAAAGGAGGACUGUUCGGUGGAAUGUUCAAAUCCAAGUCCGACAAAACGUCUGAAGAUCCCGUACCUGCACAGGACAAUGUUUCUACACACAGUGAACUGUCGGCCAGCAACGACAGUCUCUCUGACAACGCAAAGGAAAAAGGAGGGAUGUUCACUGGAAUGUUCAAAAGAGCUGCUAAACCUGCUCAGAAAAAUGAAUCGGCAAGCAAUGAACUCUCAGCCAGCAACGAAAAUCUCUUGGAUAUCAACCCAAAAGAAAAAGGAGGGAUGUUCAGUGGAAUGUUCAGAAAAUCUCCCAAACCUGCUGGAGACCCUACACCUGCACAGGACAUGGGAUUCCCAAACAGUGAACUCUCAGCCAGCAAUGACAGUUUGUCUGAGAACAACUCAAAGGAAAAAGGAGGGAAGUUUGCGGGAAUUUUCCGGAGAACUCCUAAACCUGCCGAGGGUGCUGUACCUGUACAGGUUUCCAUGGACACUGAAGGUGGAGAUGAGAAGAGGGAGCAGUCAUUGAGGAUGAAGAGGAGGGUAUCAUUCAGAGUGAGGAGAACGCUUCCUAGAACUCCAAAAAUUCGGUCCCCAGCAAAGGACUCAGAGGAAGAGGACCUGUUGGAAGAGUCUUUUGAAAUGGAGGAUUUGAGCUCAGUGCAGGAGAGCUCAGUGGAGAUCGAGAUGGUGGAGAUGGCCCCUUUGCCAAAAGAAGGAAACCCCCUUGACUCCGAUGAGGAUGAUGAUGGCUUGCUGGAAUGGUGGAGAACAGUAGAAGGUUGGGAUGAAUGGAAUGAAUCCUCAAACUUUCAAGACGAUGAGGAAGAGCUGGCUGUCGAGCAGGCCGCUGACCGUGUGUACCUGGCGGCUCAGCUGUUCGUGCGCCUCUUUAACCAGCGGGGAGGGUCCUUGCAAAAGCGCAUCUUGGAGCUCCUCACUCUGGCUGACGAAGCCGAUAACUUUCACAAGCGCACCGUGGCGGCCAGCAUGGGCGGUGGAGUGGCCAGCGUGCUCGGGAGCGUGACCACCAUCACGGGCCUCAUCCUCGCCCCCUUCACCUUCGGAACCUCCAUCAUCGUCACGGCCGUGGGCAUCGGCGUGGCAACCGCGGGCAGCAUCGCCUCCGCCUCUGCCAACAUCACGGACACUGUCCAUUCCAACAUGGACCGCAAGAAGGUGGAGAAAAUGAUCCAGGGCUACCAAGAGGAGAUAAAGGACAUCCGGGAAUGCAUGGAAUUUGUACAGGACGGGAUGGAUGCACUAGAAGAGAGGAACUUUGAGAAGUACACAGAGAGCGUAUCAAAACGCGCCCUGAAUCAGAAUGUCAAACACGUCGUGAAGGAAGGCGCUCGAGCAGGCAAGGCUCUAAUGAUCAACACAGACCAACUGAUCAGCACCGUGCAAGUACUGAGUGUAGCAGGUGGUGCUGCCAAAGCUGCCCAGGCAAUCAGUGUCACCACUGGUGUCAUGUCAGCACUCUUCCUCGCUCUCGACAUCUUCUUCCUCGCCAAGGACUCUCAUGAGCUGCGCAAGGGUGCCAAGACGCAGUUCGCUACCAAGCUCCGUGAGGUGUGCAAGGAACUACAGGGUGGACUGCUAGAAUUGAACAGAGUCAAAACAGAGCUGCAGAAGACCAUGGAUGGCAUUGAGGUAGAAGAGGUUGAAGAGGAUGUGGAAGAGGAGGAGGAUGAAGAGGAUUUGGACCUUGAGUCUGACCCAGUAAAACUGGCCCAACUGGAGGAGGAGAUAAACCAGAUAGAACAGAAACUGGACCAGGAAGUUCUGGAAAAGAAAAAAGAGGGGGAGGGAGAGGGAAGAAAGGAGUCCAGAAGAAAUGAUAGUAAGGAAGACCAUGUAAAGCCCCAAGGCGAAAAGAUAGAAAUGGAUGAAAAAGAAAGUGGGAAGGGAGAGAAUGAUGAAAGAGUAGAAAAAGAAGGGAAGGUAGAAGGUGAAAGUGGAAAAUGUAGAAUAGAUGAGCUGGCAAAAGAUGGGAACCAACAAAAUGAAAAAAGAAAACUGAAUGAACAAGAGAAGAGUGCAGAAGGAGGAGGGGAGCAAGAAGGAAAAAAUAAAAAGAGAGAAGAGGAUGAACAGGGGGAUAGGGCAAAGACAUCAGUGGAUGACCAUGGAAAUAACGGAAAAAGAGAGGGGAAUGCACAAAGGAAAAAGGAACAUGGCGGACGAAUGGAAUGGAGCAAAAACUUGGAGAGAGGGAAGGAUGAAUCUGCUGAAAAGGAAACCAGAUGGGGGAGUGAGCAACAGAACAAGAAGAGCCAGAGGGAUGAAUGGAGGAAGGAUGCAAAGAGAGGGGGAGAUGAACAGGAUAAAGAAAGCAGAGAGGGAGAUGAAUGGAGGAAGAAUGCAAAACUGGAGAGGGAUGCAGAAAAGAAAGAACCAAAAGAGGAUAAUGGACAAUGGAAGGAUAUAAAGACAGUGGAGAAUGAACGAGGGAAGAGUGGAAAGGGUGAGGGGGAUGAACGACGGAAGGAUACAAAGAGAGAGGGGGAUGAACAAUGGAAGGAUGCAAGGAGAGAGGGGGACAGGCAGGGGAAAAGUGGAAAGGGAGAGGGGGAUGAACGAUGGAAGGAUGCAAGGAGAGAGGUGGACAGGCAAGGGAAAAGUGGAAAGGGAGAGGGGGAUGAACGAUGGAAAGAUGCAAAAAGAGAUCGGGAUGAACGAGGGAAAAGUGGAAGGAGAGAGGGGGAUGAACGAUGGAAGGAUGCGAAGAGAGAUCGGGAUGAACGAGGGAAAAGUGGAAGAAGAGAGGGGGAUGAACAAUGGAAGGAUCCGAAGAGAGAUCGGGAUGAACGAGGGAAAAGUGGAAGAGAGGGGGAUGAACAAUGGAAGGAUGCGAAGAGAGAUCAGGAUGAACGAGGGAAAAGUGGAAGAAGAGAGGGGGAUGAACAAUGGAAGGAUGCGAAGAGAGAUCGGGAUGAACGAGGGACAAGUGGAAAGAAAGAGUGGAAGAGUGGGAAGACAGAACAGGAUGUGUUGAACUCCAUUCCUCCACCAGCUCGGCCGCGAUCCAAAGCCAUAUCCCACAGUGCAGAAGAGACUAGGUGGGAGGAACCAGUCACAGACCUAAAGGCCCCGCCCCCUGUCCCACACAAGAAGCGCUCUUCCCACAGAGAGCCUCUGUCAAUCUGACCCCAUAACAAAUGAAGAAUGCAAGUGUGUCUGCUAGUUCAGCAGAUCCUGGAGAUUACACAAGCUCCCGAACCAAAUGUUAAUAUUCAUCCAGUCUAUUUAGUUAAUUUUGAUUUAUUUUGUUGGGCCACUUGUAUACUAAUUCUCUAUUUACAGUAUUCAUAGAUUUUAAUUUUAGGAAAAAUAAGCUAUUCAUUUUUUGGGAAGGGGAAUGGGUUCCUGCAGAAGACAUCUUUUUUGUGCUUUUCUAUAUUUAUUUAUUUUUUUGGCAAAUAUGGAAGAUGAGUUCAAGCCUGGGCUGAAUAGAAACACUGGUUUCUAGGCACUUUAUUCUGUCUUGACUGUUUGGGUCCUCACUGUUCUCAUGUUGCUACCACUUCACUUUGUAUUUAAUUAAUAGUUUCCCCACCUGAAAGGUUUCAAAUGAAGAACACUACAAAAAUUUCUGAAUGUAUGUUUGAUCACCCUUUUUGUUUAAUUUAAAACCAACGUUUGGUGAGGGGAAUCACACUUAGGGUAGUGCUACUUGCCAAAUUGCCCAUGUCAGUGUGUAUGUCUAGUUCACUGAGUGUUGGAAUCGGUUUUCAGUAUGUUGUAUAAGGUAUGGACUCAAGAUAUAGAUUAUGGCUGCUAGCAAUGAAUUCUUAAGGGCCCUUACCGUUUUAUUGUGCCCUUAUUUUUAAUGGUAAAUUAUUUGGUUUCAUAUUUCUGUUUUGUAUAAUUUUUCAGAUUUUUAGGAUUAUCUUGCUCUAUUUAUAGGUGGUCGGUUUGUAAGUGACAAUAAAGAUCUUUUUAAUCGUGUUA